AUCGGAAGUUCCGGUGUAUUUGACGUCACUUCCGCCCGUCUCUGGGCGGUGCCAAGAUGGACGGGCUUCGGGCUCGGGAGCAGCUCCGGCGGAGAUACCUGUUCCUGCCUGACGCGGAAGUCCCGCCAGACCACCAGGGCUCCACCGGGCCAGAAGCCUCUACAGCUGUUGAGAAAAAGGAGAAACCUCUUCCAAGAGUUAAUAUCCAUUCUGGGUUCUGGAUUGUGGCAUCCAUAGCUGUGACCUAUUACGCUGAUUUCCUUAAAACUGUGAAAGACAACUUUCACGCUAGCAGUUGGUUUCCCUGUGGCGGUGCCUUGCUGCUCGUCAGCUUAUCGAUUGCAUUUUACUGCAUAUUCUACCUGGAGUGGUACUGCGGAAUCGAAGACUAUGACGUCAGGUAUCCAGCACUGAUACCGAUUACGACAGCUACGUUUAUUGUAGCAGGAAUUUGCUUCAAUGCUGCUCUGUGGCACGUGUGGUCGUUUUUCACUCCGCUGCUGUUGUUCACCCAGUUUAUGGGGGUUGUCAUGUUGAUCUCACUCCUGGGAUGAUGUCUGAAGGUAAGUCACUGUUACCAGGUACGGAAGAAAUGGACGCAGCCUUAUUGCCAGCCUGAGAGCGGUUGCUAGCACGCACGUGCUGCGCUGUGGAGGCCCCUCCAGGCAUCGUGCUGGUCUAGGACGUUGGACCCUCACAGCGCACCCUCUGUCCCUGUCGACGUGUCGCCACAGGAACUUUCCCUCUUGACCCCGUCUCCUUUAAAUCUUUGCCUGUUUGGUAUUGAGUUUGUACACACGAUCAGGAGCUUUCGGCUUAUUUGCUGACAUCAAUUUUAUAGUUGGUAACAAAGAGCCAGAUAGUGUUGCAGGCAGGUAGACUGAACUGUGCUUUUUCAUAUUAAGUCCAACAGCUUAAGACAGAAUGUCUCACUUGGGUUUUUUUCAGGUUUAAAGGCAAUGUCAGUUUAAGGUGAAUGGUUAGCAUCCUGCUAGCUGGGAGCAUCACAGACAGAAUGGAAAGCUACACUGAUUUUGCAUCUACAAGGUGAAUGGUUUCCUUGGAAAAAUUGUAACUUUAUAGCUCUGGGGUUGAAAUCAGAGUAAGUUAUAUUUCUUUUGCAUAUUCUUAAACUCAGGUGAUCACUGAGUUUUUCAGAUUCAAAGUAGAGAUUCUCUGUUCAAAACAGAAAUAGCUUAUUUGCAGUGUCAAUCCUUUUGGCUCAUUGGAGAAAGUUUGUUGUAAAAAUUUAAAGUUUCAUUAUAGGCGGAUAAGUUACUGCCAGUGUUGUUGAGAAAUUGUUCACUCUUUCCACGUGAGGGAUAGCAGUUUAUUGUAUAAGACAGGUUAUUGUAUGCUUAUAUGUGUAACUAGAUAGCUGUGUAUAUAAGGGAAUGACCAUGUCAUGUGCCUUUAACCCAACCUCAACAAUUACGAUAUAAUUUCAUUUGUAUAAUAGUUCCGUUAAGUGAGAGGACCAAUUGAAAGAAUUUUAUGUUUUCCCAUCACUCAAGAUUUUAUCACUAUGUAAAUUACUGAGUUUUUAACACUUGUUUAACUUACGAACUUUUAAUCAUUCUAAGUAUGUAUAAUUUUUUUCUUUACAUUUAAAUAAACUAUUUUUAUAACUUU